CUCCGAUUCGGAAGGUUCAAAGAACGAGAAGCGGCAUUGUGGAAUCAGCGCUUUCGAUAUGGAUGGAAGUAUAGCUUGUCUCCUGAGGCCCCCCUCCAAGUCUAUAGAAUGUCUGCCUGUGUUUGCAAACAUUUUGACAAGGUUUGUGUGUUCCGGUGUCAAAUAGGUCUCGGUGUGUGGUAUGUAUAUAUACCAGGACAUUCAUUCGAAGGCGGACCUCGUUUAACUCCCCACUCUCCUUGGCUUGCUUUUAACGUGUCUGUGUCUCUUUUUCUCUAUUCCCUUCCUCUCUACACGUUCACUGGUCUUCUCCCUUCCGUCUCAACGCGUUUUUCUUUUGUUUCGUGGCUGUUAUAUGACUUAGCACCUAAUCAUGACCCGAAGUCGCUCGCUAUUUAGUUUCAGUCUCCAAUCUUCUGCUCUACGCGGGGACUAUGAACGGGUGGAACACGCUCUACAGGCAGGUGCCGAUGUAAACGUUUUGGACGCGUCUGGAAAGGGUGCAGUCAUGUGUGCUAUUGCAGGCGAACAUUGGAAUAACAUCGAAAUCUCAUCGGUGAUGACACCUGAUCGCGUAAAAAUUCUCGAAAUACUGCUCGAACAUGCCGAAAACUCCCUUUAUGCCUUCAACGCGCCUCAAAGGGGGUUUAAUGGAGUGACACCAUUGGGGAUGGCAGCGUGGUUGAAUUCGGAAAUUGCUGUUCGUCUUCUUCUCGACAAUAGUUCAGGAGUGGUGGAUGUUGACGGUAUGGACUCACACGGGGCCACACCUCUAAUGUAUGCCGCUCGUGACGGAAAUUUGGAUAUUGUAAGAAUCCUGUUGCAGCAUGGUGCUCGACCAGACUUUAGGGACAAGAAUCAUCGAACUUCCGUGCAAUACGCGCUUUAUCAUCCACGAAUUCUUCAUGCCUGUGAAUCUCUCCUUCGGUCUCAUCGUCACCACGAAAAUCAGGGCUCACCAUUAACAUCCACAAUCGAUCUUUCUCUUCCUCAGACAUCUAGUGGCAAACUUUUGAGAUCGACAGCCUCUUUAUUGCAAGCCGUCGUGUCCUCGGAUGUAGAUUCAGUCAAGAGCUUGUUAUCCCACUCGUCAAACGCAUCGACACCCAUUCUCAUCAAUCAACCAGAUUCAUAUGGUUGGAGCCCUAUUCAUCACUGCAGCUCCGCACGCAAUCUUUCGAGGGAGAUUCUCGACUCUCUCUAUUGUGCCGGUGCUGACGUCUCCUUGUUCACGUCCAAAGAACAUUACACUCCCCUUCAUUGUCUGGCCUUUUCGAGCUCGGAUGAUGUAUAUGACUUUGCUAUCCACCUCAUACGCGACCUUCGAGCACCGCUUUCGGCCACAGACAGACAGGGUGCGACUUGUAUCCACAUCGUUGCUGAACAUGGGUCGAAUGUCGACCUGUUAAGGGCCUUCUUGGAAUGCGAUACCACUGGGCGUAUCCGCGAAAUGCGCGACAACAAUGGCAUGACCCCGUUGGACCUUGCAAGGCCACAAUUCCGAGAAGUUAUUGGUUUGGCAACGGAGAGCUUUCGUCCAGAAUCCGCUCUCUCAAUCUCCACAAUACGCCCUCGACUACUUUCCUUUCCGUCUUCGGACUGUGUUGUACAGACAAGACAGGAUGAUGACGCACUUUCUCUAUGCGACUUUGACGCUGUUACAGCUGCUCACCAGCUUAUCGACAACUUGCGGAUUACCUCACCUUCUCUGCAUCACGAUUGCAACAGCGUUCAUAUUAAUCAUAUCGAGAACCUCAUACGAGAGACUAGCCAACUCUCUACUGCUAUAAUCAGAAAUCUCCGAUGUCGCUCUAAAUGUGCCUCUAAAGCGGUAAAGAAUGUUGCUUGGGAGUCCUCUAUCGUCGACGACCUUCUUCAGGCGGUUUCUGUAGCCGCAAAUGAUAAACUUCUCGCUCAGGGAUUGGGCGAUUCGAUUCGCGUUGGACACUGUCAUCGGGAAUCCGAGGAUUCUCAGCUCACUGCAGUGUCGGUGACUGAAUCAAAAGAUGAGUCGCCGGCCUUGGUAGUGGAACAAGAUCGGCAGCAAUGGGAGAAGAGCACGCAGCAGCAGGUGGAAUCGGUAAAAAACAAAACCUCAUCGCCUGGCAGCUCGAGUUCGUUCUUUCAAGGCUGGUUUAGGCGCAAAAGUAUUACCAGAAGGACACGUGGGAAAGCUGGACAACCCGAUUUAUCGUCACUGCCAGUUGAUUCCGCUCGCAGCCUCAGAACCGAGGCACCCUCUGAGGCUCAGAUGUGGCUAGCAGAGUCUGCCGAUAUGACUUUGCGCUCUUCUUCUGUUGUCCUGGACGCAGCGAGAAAUGAGCUUUUCACUAUAAAGGAGGGCCUCGUAUCCGCAUCUCAAUUUAUUGCUUCCUCGGAAAGAUCUAUAACCAGAGCUGAAAGAAUUAUUGCCAAGGCUAUCAAGAAACGUAAAGGUUUGCUGGCGGACCUCCGAACUCACUCCAAAAACCCGGCAAAAGAUCUUUUCAUCCGUCCCAAAAACACAUCAUCCCACUUACUUGAUUCCAAUCUUUCAUCAAAAGCCAGUCUUACCUCGCUAUAUUCCGUUGCAUCUGUGAACUCUGAAACUUCAACUUCGUGUCACCACUACCACCCCCCGAGCUCGUUUGAGGCGAUUAUCGCUGAAAAUGACGAUGAGGAAACGAAAGCUAUUAGGAGAUUAAUUCUUAGGAAAAUCGAAGCCAGAACGGAUGGUGCCCUUGAUGAGGUUGAGAAGGCUACCCCGCGGCUUCGUGUUGUAACAGAAACGGUUCGGGGGGUUAAGAGAAGGGCGUGUUUGACUAUAGAUGUAUCUCGGACUCGGUAGAGCUGAACAAGUGUACUCUUAAUUGUUAUAGAAAUGUGGAAUAUGUUGUACAUUAUGUGUAAAUUAUUCGUUUGAUUCAAAUUUGUUUCUGUUCUCAGUAUGUACUUGCUACAAAAUCUUCAAGUACA